AGGAGAAGCAUGUGAUGACUCACGCAAGGCAGAAGGGUUCCCUCAGGCAGAGCCGCAGUAGUGCUGAGUGGUGGGACAACUGUCCUCCUGGGCCAAAUGGUGGCACUAUGGGCGGCACUGGGCCUGAGCGCUCACUCCGAUUUGGCAGGACAAAGAAGAUAAUUGACGUCACCAAACAAGGGAAAGAAAUGGGCAAGAAGAUGACUCAUAAGAGGGGGAGAAGAGAAAAAUCUGAUCAGAACAGGAAACUGGACCGACGGCGUGACAAAAAAUUGGACAGGAAGUUGUAUCCCUUGAGAGGGCGGGCUGGGGGUUCAGGUGAGGAGGGGCUCAGUUGCCACGUACUCCUCACCCGAUUGGAGGAAAGUAUACGUGAAAAAGAGAGUUCUGCAGAAAGGAAAGGAAACAAUGCACGCCGACAUUCAGCCCUCAAAAGUAAACCCCAAAAAGGGAAACGCAAUGAAAGAAGAGAGUCAAAGAGUUCACCAAAAAACAAAUCGAAGUCAGCUAGCUCAAGUCAUGGGGAGGUUAUCGAUGUCUUGCAACCACGCAAGCGCCGGCUGGCCUCUCUCAAUGCUGAGGCAGUGAACAGUCUACUGCUUGAAAGGCCUUCUGACCUUCAGCCAGCGGCCAAACAGGCCAGGAGACAGAUAGAACCCACAAAUGGAGUGGGUUCCUCGGAUGCAGAUCCAACCAGAACUGUCCCUGGAGGUCUGAAGGCCUCACGAGGUAACAUCAGUAAAGUCUCCUCAUCUCACAGACGUGAACCGUGCCAAAGCUCUAAGCCAGUCAAGAGGGCCAGAGUCAGUCGUGCUGAUGAGCGCAGGGAGAUGAGUCAGGAGAGUCUCGAUGCUCCCGCCCCCAGACGAUUGGCUGGACUCAAUGCCGCAGCCCUGCUGAAGUUAACCAGCUCCUCUGCUACCAGUAAACAGAGAUUAAAGGCUGCACCCACAGCUACUAUCACGUCAGACUGCAAGGCUCCAGCUGCAGUCUCGACCCCAAUACAGGACUCCAGAGUCAAACACAAACACAAAGGGCGAUCACAAAAGCAGAAGGGGAAGAAGGCCCCCUCCCCACACAGCGGUUGCACAGCCUGCAAGGAGAAGGCGGACUUUGAGCCCAAAGUUGAGUGGGAAACCAGCAACUGCACAAACAGACUGACCAAACCCGGCUACCAGUCGCGCAGCAUGCUAGCAUACCCGCUAAAGCAAGUGAAGGAGGAGCCGCUGGAAACUGAACUGAGCCCAUACUACUGCUGUCCACCAGAGGGCUCAGUAGAAUACUGCCACCGUUUGGCCUUCUUCCUGGGUCAGCAGCCCUAUCGAGAAUCCGAUGAACAGCCUCUUAACACAGCCAUGACCCCUGUGAAGCGCGAGUGCCUCGUAACCUCACCGUCCCUGACCCAUUCCCAUCCGCACACGGCCCUGACCCUCAGCCCCCACCCAUGCCUCUGCACCGCUGACCACUGCUUCUCCAGCUACUACGUCCACAUUGCCCACCCGACACACACUGGAACAACAUCACAAUCCCUGGCCCCGCGACCUCUGAACUUUUCCCAAUCCAGUCUGUGCCCUAACCGGAUGACUGGCUCCAAGCUACUGGGUUCGCGGAUGUCCCACAGCUCAGGGCUGGCCCACCCUGCCUACUGCAACUCUGUGGCUUCACCCUGUUAUGGUGAUGCCUGUGGGAUCAAUGGCUACACCUACAGAGCCAUGCCUCCUGUCACCAGCCGGGGUUGCUCUUUCAGCACAGGAUGCACUGGAUGUACACACAGCAUCAAAACAGAGGGUUACGCCUCCCCUCAGGGUGACCACAGCUCCUCCCUUCUGGUAUCCCCAUCCCUGCCCAUCUCCAGCUGCCCUCUCUCCAGUGUGCCCACUUCCACCCAGACUAAACCCCACGUGCUGAGCCCCCUGUCUGGGCGGGACCAGCCCCAGGCCAGGUUAAAGCUGGCCAGGGAAUGCUCUCAGAGCAGCAAGCCCUCCAACGGCUCUCUGUCCAUAGGUCGAACACGGCUGCCUCAGAAACAGUCAUCACCUGUGCCAAGCUGGACCAGCACCAAACAUAAGAAAAUCAGCCGCAGACGCGCCACCAACGGCUGGCGGACUGUUGGAGUGCCCACUGAGAGGGAUGUCUUCAUUGCGGGGGAGGAUGAGACUGCCCUGCGGCAGUGUUAUGAAGGAGUGGAGAGGGACGGUGAAGUGAUACAUGUCAGAGACACAGUGCUGCUACGAUCGGGCCCCAGGAAGAAAACCCUCCCAUAUGUUGCCAAGAUAUCAUCGCUGUGGGAGGACCCCAAAACAGGAGAGCUGAUGAUGAGUCUUUUCUGGUACUACCGACCUGAGCACACCCAGGGAGGCCGAGAUCCCAGCGCACACUGUGAGAAUGAGAUUUUUGCCUCUCGGCAUCAGGAUGAAAAUAGUGUGGCCUGCAUAGAAGACAGAUGCUAUGUUCUCCCACUAGCCCAGUACUGUAGAUAUUGUGCCUUGGUGAAGCGGCGUGCCGAAGGUGCCCCAUCUGGCAGCGCCAGCAUGGUGCCCUGCCGCUCGGACUUUGCCCCCCCCUCCCACCGCUGUGUGCCCACAGACGUUGACCCCGAGCUGGUGUAUCUCUGCCGGCACGUCUACGACUUCCGCUUCGGACGCAUCCUCAAGAACCUGCAGUAG